GCCCACCAAAUUUGAAAGCACAGUACAAACGUGUGAGUUUUCGAUCGCAAGAAACCGCCACACAAGGGUUGUUGCUUGAGCACUCUCGAGGAACGACAUGGCAGCAAAAACAAGCAGUAAAAUCGGGGAGAAGUUGCGGGCAUGGAGACAGGAAAAAGGCCGUACUCCAAUGAAAAGGCUUUCGUACGUUGUCGAGUGUGCUGCCCGCCCCCAGACACCAGCUACCACACACUCCCUCGGUCUUGGCUCCAAGCACGCCAAACAGCCAAUGGCGUCACUCAGAGCUCCAGCAACACCUCAUCCGGUCAAGAAGGGACCCUCCUACGUGGAAAACCGUCCACCAAAGAACAGGGAGGGACCUAGGCCACACCCACACACGGCACAGAGAGGACGUAGCUUGACAAAGUUUGAGCUUGCACAGACGAGAAGGAAGAUGUUGGAAGAAUGGCGAGCAAAAAACGGGAAAACUCUAAAGCGACCUCCACUUUUCCUGAAGCCAGCAAAUCGAAAUGAAAAGCCAGCUCGGGCGAGUGAAACGAAGACACACUAUUGGAGGAUUUGGAGGAGGAGGUGGAGGAGAGAAGGGGGGAGUAGUGGGGUUGAGACCAGGGGGAAGGACAGAGAGAGAUAUCUUGAAGGAGAGGCUUCAGCGGGAGAUUGCAGAGGACUAUGCAGUCGAUAUGGAGGAGGGAGAGGGAGAAAGAGAGGCAGGGGGGGAGGUGGAGCUUCACACCCUCACAAGCGAGAGCGAAGAUGAGAAGAAAGAGGAGACUAUUCCAGACAACUGUGAUGGCUUCAAGUCAAGAAGAGUUCGCUUCAUGCUUUCAGAGCCGCGGAGACGAAGGUCUUGCUUUGCCUCCCUGACCCCCGUCCCCACUCCACGCACACUGUACCUCACUCCAGUCCGCAGGUCAACCAGAGAGGGACGAAACUGCGACGGACCCGGAAUGAAACUCGACGCCGAACGCUGCUUCGAUUCCCCGAGCGAAGUGAGCAAGCAGCUGGACUUUGACGACUUUCACAUCAUCACAAACAACGUGCUUCAGUGAUUUAAACUGUCACACAAGAAGCCCCUUUCUUCAUACUAACACUCAUACCAACAUGUGCUAUAGUUGUGGUGUCCCGUCAAACAGCUAACUAUUACAUGUAGUGAAAGCCCUCCUUAAGAUGUAUUACACACUCAUGUGCUCUAUUCAUCACUGCCGUGUAUAAUGUGUCUUUCUGUAGCCCUCGGUAACAGUAGCCCACAAAGGGUGAGUUUUCAGACGCCGCGUGUGAGGGAGAUGUGUGGGGAGAGCCUGAGAAGAUAGCAUUCAGUGCAAUUCAGAGUCCCUCACCUGUUCAAUACCGCCCUCGCCUAAUGUAUACAUACAUACACCCACACAACACACUCAGAGAAAGGGCCUCGAAUGGUAGGAGACAGAGAAAUGGGUCAAUCCUUUCACGAGAGGUGUAAAUAAGGCCUGACUACAGGUAUACGGGACACUUUCUUGAAUGGCAUGAUAAGCAAUCUGCGAAAUUGUAGUUUCUACUGAAUCACAGAUUUUGAAAAUGUUCGGUACAUUAACACGUCUGUAAGGUUCUUAGCACUGAGUGUGGUCGGCGUAUUGCACAUUCAGUUACUUACUCACGUUCUCUAUAUGCCAAUACAGUACAACCAUAUCGUGGGAACUACUAAUAAAAAUACAGCAUGUGUUUAGCCCCA